AGUCACCAAAGUAAAUCGUCGCUUUUUCCCCUUUUAAAGGUAAACUCCAGUUCAUUAAACAAAAAGCUAGCUAGUCCAAACUAAACCCUUCUUGAAGCGUCUUGCAAGCCCUUUCGAUUCACCGAAGAACAACUUUCUGUUAGGAAUACAUCCGCUUCUCUUCUCUCCUUUUUUCCUCUUGAUCGAGUAGUGUUACGGCAGGUGAUUGCAGGUUUUCUUUUUUUUUUUCGCUGAAGCUUACCGGGUAAAUACUUCUCUAACGAGAGGUACGCACCUUAUUUCUCCGUUUUUGCCGUUUUCGUUGUCUACCCUUCUUAGGCUUUCACACACACCCUUUUGUGCAAGAAUUCCUGUCUCUCACGUCUUCCCAAAGGAUACACGUGCGCACCUCACUAUUAACGCAGCAAGACAAGAAACCGACAACCGCACAAGCAAUCAGCCAUGUCGUCGCAACAGAAUGCUGUGGACGCCUUGCUGAUUCGUCUGGGGAUGCCGGAGGAGAUUCCGACGUUCCAGGCCCUCGGCGUGGAUCGCAUUGUGACGCUGCGUAAGAUGUCCGAGGAGGCACUGCGCGAGGCUGUCCCGGAUGACGAAAAGCGCAAGUCGCUCAUCGAGUCCAUCACGAGCCGUGGCCACUUGCAGGCGCGCCGCGCUGGUCCGCCGUCGGGUCAGCCGCACCCCCCGCGCAGCGCAGAUACCGAGCUCGUGCGCGGCCCGUUCGAGGAGGGCCGCGGUGGUGGCUUCGCACCCCGUGGCGGCCGCGGUGGCCGCGGUGGUCGUGGUGGCGGUCGUGGCGCUGCUGGCGACAUGCAGGACGGUGACGACUCGACGCGGGUGUGCCGUCACUUCUUCAGUAAGGAGGGCUGCAAGUACGGCGAGAAAUGCCGCUAUAGCCACGACCCGAACGACCGCGAUCGCGGGCAGGAGUUGCCGUCAGGUAGCGGCAUGGCGCAGCGUACCGUGGAAAAGCCAGCGCCGCCGCAGAACUACAAGUGCUCCAUUGAGGUGGAGAUCCCGACGGAGCGUAUCAAGUACCUGCUCGGUACGCAGGGCAUCAACAUAAAGUACAUUAAUGAAACCUGCAGCACGUACAACGAGCGCUUUGAUCACGUGGAUGAGAAGGAUGAAACCUUCAAGAUCCGCAUGUUGGGCGCGACGGAGGAGGCCGUCAACAAGGCGAAGGAGCUGUUGCUGCUCAUCGCCGGUGUGAAGCGUGAGGAGGAGAAGAAGGACCGCUUCCAGUACGCCGUGAACGAGCUCGACGCGAACACGCACGCGGCCCGUCUCUUUGCCGCCUGCAACCUGAAGAACGCGGAUACUCCGCGCCAUCUGUCUGAUUCCAUCCUGCGCAACGUCCUCUCCAGCUUCCAUUUUGUCCGCCCGCAGGAAGUGCGCCACUUCUACAUGUACACGUCCAGCAGCGACAAGGACAAGCUGGAGAUGGUGAGCAAGAUUGUGUCUCAGCUGAGCGGUGUGCAGGCGAUCCUCUUCUGUGACCAGAAACGUGUGGAGGAGAUGCGAAAGGGCUCGCAGCGCAUUGCGCGCCACUUCAAUGGUGUCGAGCCGCAGUUCGUGUACCGUCAGUUAACGAAGGAGGAGCGCCUUACUGCCCUUGAGAAAUUCAAGAACGGUGUGGUGAACGAGAACGGCGUGAAGCAGCGCCUGCUCGUCACCAACGAGGACUACGCCAAGCUCGCCCGCAAGACCGUCAUCCCGUACGUGAACCUCGUCAUUAACUUCUCUGUGCCGCGCACAGAGGAGUACUACGUGCUGCAGUCACAGGUGACGGGCCGCCACGGCACCGUCGGCGCGUCCUUCCUCUGCGUCAACACCUACGAGGAGGCUGCGUUCCGCGAACUGAAGGAGAACAUCCAGUUUGAGCGCUUCGAGGACGAGGACCAUUUCCGCGCGACGGCGGUGGAGCUGUCCUACGACACGGUGGAGAACUCGCUGACCCCCGAGACCGCCGACCCGCCGGCGGACUGGCGCGAACACCUCAACGACAAGAAGCCUCCCCAGAGCUUUGGCAGGCGUCGUUAG